AUGGCUACUCAAACCUUCACCAUAGCCCUCCUCGCCAGCGCCGGACUGCCCAGAGCAUUUGCCUGGGGCGCCAUGGGCCACGAAGCAGUGGCCUACGUCGCAACCGAUUUCGUAGCAUCGGAGACGAAGACAUACUUCCAAGAUCUUCUAGGCGACAACUCGUCCGACUAUCUGGCCGCGGUUGCCUCGUGGGCCGACUCGUAUCGGUAUACCAAGGCCGGGAAGUUCUCGGCCCCCUACCAUUUCAUCGACGCAAAGGACGAUCCGCCGUCGAGCUGCGGCGUCAGCCUGUCGCAGGACUGCGGUGCCGAGGGUUGUGUCGUGAGCGCCAUCGCCAACUACACUAGCCAACUUCUGCAAACGAAGCUGAGCAGCUCGGAGAGACAGCUCGCUGCCAAGAUGGUCAUCCAUCUCGUUGGUGACAUCGGCCAGCCUCUCCACUGCGAGGCUCUCGAUCUCGGAGGCAACGACAUCGACGUUGAGUACAACGGCAAGACCACCAACCUCCACGGCAUCUGGGACUCGGAGAUACCCGAGUCCAUCGCCGGCGGCAAGUCCAUGUCUGCCGCCAAGAGCUGGGCAUCAAAUCUCACGACAGCGAUCAGGUCCGGCACCUACAAAUCCUCGGCCUCCGGCUGGGCACGCGGGCUGGGUGUGGCAGAUGCCCAGAACGUCACGCUCGGGUGGGCGCAGGAGAGCAAUGCCGCAGUAUGCUCGACAGUGCUGGCGAAGGGGCUCAGCUUCGUCGAGAGCAAUGAUCUGAGCGGGGCUUAUACCAAGACUGCCACGCCUGUUGUUAACAUCCAGAUUGCCAAACAGGGAUACCGCCUCGCCAAGUGGCUGGAUGCUAUCGUCGCUGCUGUUUGA